AUGGACAGAUACAAGCAGUUUUAUGAACUGGCUGAGCACUACUUCGACGAGAUGUAUAUGCGCACGUUUAGCAUAGAAGAACGCGAGGUGGGAAAGGAGCGUAAUUACUAUGCUAAACUUCAUCUUUAUAACGAGGGUUUGAACUACACGCUGAAUCUAAAAACUAUGCUAUGUACGGUUUCUAAACUGACCCAUUCUUUCCACCGUGUCGGUAUACAACCGGAUGCACGUUUCCUAUUUGAAGGAGAGUAUGGAGCCGCCGGAAUCCCGGCAGAAUCCAUCAUCGCAGCGACAUUUGGUGGAAAAUUUGAGGAUGGGGCGGAAUGCUUAGUUACAGUUGUAGAACCAGACUGCAUACCGUUGAUGUUCGACGUUCGCAGCAACACUACAGAUGAACACUACGAGGAAAGGUCGAGUAUAUUUCAUGAUUAUUUGUUUAUUUCGUGUCUUUGA